GCGCUUCCUUCACUCGUGGUCGGGUGAAGUGGUGUUGCCGUGUAACGUUUUUUUAAUUUAACGGUUAUUUUCGUACGUAUCGGACCGACACCGUAGCUGUUGUGUCUGUUGCGUUUCGCAUAUUUAAAACAAUAUAUCAGCGUUUUUUUUUUGUUUGUACUGUGACUUUGCUGUAGCUUUACGACAAUAUAAUAAACUUUCGAUACUAGUUGUCGUCAAUCCAACUGGGAUAACCUCGUUCCCGGAAAAUCGUGUCCUGCCGCAGUGUGUCUAUUAGUGCCAGUCGUUCCGAGCAAAUCCGCAAACAUGUCGUCCAGAGCGAGAGAAGACGAAGUCAGAAUCCCGGAGGUCAUCGUCGACAAUAAAACCAAUAAGAAAUACCAAAGGGGCAGCUUUUUGGGAAAGGGUGGAUUUGCAAAAUGUUACGAGAUUGUAGAUAUGAGAACAAAAGAAGUUUUUGCCGGAAAAAUAGUUUCGAAAAAGUAUCUGUUAAAACAUAAUCAAAAAGAUAAAAUGACUCAAGAAAUUCAUAUUCAUCAAAGACUGAAGCAUAAGAAUAUUGUUGGAUUUCACAGCUUUUUUGAAGAUCCAGAUUUUGUUUAUAUCGUCUUGGAACUUUGUAGAAAAAGAUCUAUGAUGGAACUACAUAAGAGAAGAAAAACACUCACCGAACCAGAAACUCGUUAUUACGUGUACCAAAUUCUAGAAGGUACUGUUUUUUUGCAUCAACAAGGUAUAAUUCAUCGUGAUUUAAAAUUAGGCAAUCUAUUUUUAAAUGAUGAAAUGGAAGUUAAAUUAGGAGAUUUUGGCUUGGCUGCUAAAAUUGAAUAUGAUGGCCAACGUAAAAAAACAUUGUGUGGAACUCCGAACUAUAUUGCUCCCGAAAUUCUCAGCAAAACUGGUCAUAGUUUCGAAGUUGACGUUUGGUCUAUUGGGUGUAUUAUGUAUACUCUCUUAGUGGGGAAACCGCCGUUUGAAACUAGCUCUUUAAAAGAGACGUAUGCUCGAAUUACUCGAUGUGAUUAUAAUGUUCCUCCUCAUUUGAAUAAAAGCGCUAUCACCCUUAUAAACCGCAUGCUUCAAUACGAUCCCAAGAAACGCCCUACUGUAUCCGAUAUUAUGAAGUCUGAUUUUUUCACAACUGGUUACAUGCCCAAAAAGUUACCGCCGUCUUGCCUUACAAUGGCACCUCGGUUCGACUCUAUCAAUUACAGGGAAUCGAUUUCUAACCGCAAACCCCUUAAUGAACUCAAUAGCCCUAAAGCGGCCGUUAUUAAAGCAGUUACUAAACCUCAAGAUCCAGCUAAUAAAUUGCCUCUAUUCAAUGUACCAAACAGAGCAGUUGGCGGAAACGGCGUUUCUGCUUCAGACUGUAAAGAGUAUAUGAUUUCGCUCGAAAGAGAAUUAGGCAACCUAUUGAAAAAUAAACCAAUCACGAGAGGAAUGACAAAUAUGGAAGAGAACACUGAUCCAGCUGCAAAACCUUUGAUAUGGGUGAGCAAAUGGGUGGAUUAUUCUGAUAAAUAUGGAUUCGGUUAUGAACUAUCCGACGAUUGUGUGGGCGUUAUGUUCAAUGAUUUUACUCGUAUUGUACUAUUAGCGAAUUUCAAAGACGUUCAUUACAUUGAACGAAAUGGUUCCGAACAAUAUUAUACUACUGAACACACGCCUCCAUCUCUGGAAAAGAAAAUGAAGUUGCUCAUGUACUUUAGGCGAUACAUGAACGAUCAUCUAAUUAAAGCCGGAGCAGAUAUUUUAGAGAAAGACGCAGACCAAUUGAGUCGUACUCCGUACAUGUUCCAAUGGUAUCGAUCUACUUCGUCAGUCAUUAUGCAACUCACGAACGGCACAUUACAGAUCAAUUUUACGGACCACACAAAAGUCAUAUUAUGUCCACUGAUGAACGCUGUUACAUUCAUUGAAGAUAAUGUGUUCCGUACAUAUCGAUUCAAUACAAUCGCAGAACAUGGUUGUAGUCCGGAGUUGUCUAGGUGUUUGGAGUAUGCACAUAAAAAAAUUGGGUCCAUAUUAAAAGAAAAUAAAUAAAUUAGUUGUAUCAAAAUCUGGACAAACGUCUAGACUUGAAAAUUUGAUUUGCAAGACAACUGAAGAAAGUGUAAAUAGUUUUUUUUUAAAACUUUAUUUUUUUUAUUGAAACUAUACUCUUUUUAAUAGUUCCAUUUUCUUUUAAUUACAUUUUUUGUUUCUCGUUAACUUUAAUUUGUAUAUUGUUAUGUUGUAAGCUAAAAAUGUAAUUAGGUGUAACAAGCUCAAAGCUGUAAAUGCGAAACAUAACCCCACUUUUGAGGAUCAACUACUCUGCAUAAAUUAGCUAUGUAGUUGAAUUCUUUGUACAUAAUUAAAAAAAUUAAAUGGAAUGAAUAUUAACAUAUUGUUUGCUCACUAAAUUAUAAGUUCUAACCAAAUUCACUAAUUACAUACUUUGAUCAAGGCUUUCAAAAAUUCAAAAUAUUUUAUGUUUGCUAAUGAAACUUUAAUGUCACUACAACUAAUAUUGUGUACGUUUUAUGUUUUGUCCCUUUUGUCAUCAUAAUAUUGAAACAAUAAGUAAUUCAAACCAUUCUUGUUUAUUUUCGUGAUAUAUUUGCUUGCUUAGUUAUUUUUCUCCCUUUUUAUACUAAAUACUUUUUUUAUAUAAACUACUUGAAU